AUGGAUUUAAAAUCUCGUGGAUUCAAAAUUCAAAAGCGACGACGCCCGAUGGAAGAGGGCGAGCUGUGCUGCGGCGAUGACGUCGGCAACGACGACGACGACGAGCGAGAGAAUCAAUCCACGCCGCCGGGAGCGCACGGCGCGAGCACGCCGAGCGCGAGCUCGUACGGGUCGUGGGGACGAGGGCGAGUGGCGAAGAAGACGACGCCGGAGACGUCGGAACGGGACGACGCGGUGACGCGAGAUGGCGCACCGACGCCGAGCGCGACGAAAAGUAGCGACCAGAACGAAAACAUGGUCGCGUGCGAACGCGUUGGGGGUGGGAUCGAAAGUGGGAUGGGUGGCAAUGGAAAUCCGCACGCAGAUGCGAAGGCGUUGAAAAAGUUUGCGGACGGUUUGUGGGCGGCGAGAAAGGAGAAGAAUGAUCCCGCGACAAAGCUGCGCAUGAUGAAGACGUACGCCGAGAGCGUGAUAAGUUUCGUUGAGGCGGCGGCGCGAACAAGCGAUCAGGAAAAGAAGAAGAUGAACUAUCGCGGCGACGUCGAUUUCGCCUUGUUUGUCGAAAAGGUUUGCUCGACGUGCUACGCGACUGAAAUGGGACGGAAUGCCGACUUUAGCUUCCGUUGCAUGGCCUUGAGAGCGCUUAUAUUGCGCCUUUCGGUCGCAUGCUCCGUGCGUGUGAUGAAGUUGAACACGUACGCCGCCGCAGACGCGAUCAAAGAUGCAGAUGACGAGGCUGUCAUCGCCGAGCUGAAGAAUUAUCAAAAAGAUACCCGCGCGAUGACCGAGUCAAUGUCUCGCGUGUCGAGUCACCUUCGUACGCUCAAGACCAUGGUUCCAGAGAAUCGAGCCGAUGUCGCACGCGUGUGCGAAUAUCUCUUAGAUUUUGCGAGCGACGGCGGUCUCGGCACGGAGACUACGUUGCGCGUCGUCGACGACGCUCACGAGGUGCUCACGAAGAUCUUUUCGAUGAAAACGCUCGAGGACAAAUGA